UUAUACAAUAUUUAUAUCCCGCUGUCUCCCCUUAAAGGGGACUCAGACGGCUUACGAGUUAUAUUUACAUAUUUAUUUAUUUAUUACAAUAUUUAUAUCCCGCUGUCUCUCCCCUUAAAGGGGACUCAGGGCAGCUUAACAAUAAAACGCAUAUAUAAAAACCAUACAGUGCAAUAUAAAUCAUCAUUAACUUACAUCAGUAUUCAUAAAACACAUCAUAAAAUACAGAUAGGUGUAUUACAUACACUGUAUCAUUAGCAUUGCACAAUAUUAGCAUUAUAUACUACAUUGCAUUAUACCACUAUACAGAAACAUUAUUAGCAAUAAUACAUUUAAUAUAUAAUAUGUAAUUCAUAUUAUAUUGUAUCAUUGUUAGUAUUAUAUUGCAUUAUUUAUUUAUUUGCUAGAUGUAGAGUCAUCUACAUAAAUAGGCCAGCGAAUAUUUAUUUAUUUAUUUACAGCAUUUUACCGGGCUGGCCUCGAACUCAUGACCUCCUGGUCAGAGUGAUUUGUUGAUAUUUAUUAUUCAUUUACAGCAUUUAUAUUCCGCCCUUCCUUCUCACCCCGAAGGGGACUCAGGGCGGAUCACAUGGCACAUAUAGGCAAACAUUCAAUGCCUUUUAACAUAGAACAAAGACAAACAAACAGGCUCCGAGCGGGCCUCGAACUCGUGACUUCCUGGUCAGAGUGAUUCAUUGCAGUUAAUUGCAGCUGGCUUGCUUUCCAGCCUGCGCUGUUGGAUAAUAAGGAGGCAUUAUGGAAAAGCCUAUUAAACAUCAAAUUAGUUGAUGAUUUUACAAAUUAAGCACCAAAACAUCAUUUGACAGAAAAAGUAGUUCAAUAUGCAGUAAUGCUAUGUAGUAAUUACUGUAUUUACGGAUUUAGCACCAAAACAUCACGACGCAUUGAAAACAUGGACUACAAAAAUGCGUUGAAUAAUCCAGAAUGUUGGAUAAGAGAGUGUUGGAUGAUUAUACAAUAUAAAUUAGAAUAGCAUGUUAUUGGGGGAGGAGCAUCUUGGUUAUUAGAUGUUUUUAUUAGUUAUUGAUAUUAGUAUAGAUAUGACAUUGAGUAUAUAUUAUCCUAGCACAAUGUUAAUAUUAGUUAUUCAUAUUAGUCUCAAUAUGACAUUAAUAGAGUACAUUAUUAUCCUAGCACAAUGUUAUUAGAUGUUAAUAUUAGUUAUUGAUAUUAGUCUCCAUAUGACAUUAAUAGAGUAUAUUAUUAUUCUAGCACAAUGUUAUUACAUAGGACCAUGUUGUUGCUAGGGGGAGGGCCCCCCCACUGAUUGUAUUAUUAGUAUUAUGUUGUUGCUAGGGGGAGGGCCCCCCAACUGAGAUCCCCUGUCAUUAAUGUGUCAGACCAGGCAUUUCACUCCUACCUUUGCAUCAGAAAGCAGGCUCCCUGUGCGCUAGGCCUUCCUUUGAGGAACACAUUCACAGCUCCGCUUGAGUGUGGCAUUGAGGCCCCACUCAGGGACGAGCGGGUCCUCCCUUUACCCUGGGCAGAUCGUGGGGGGUGGGCGGAUCUCCCUAGACGGGCAGGGGGUCGCGGCUGGCGGGACAGCGGGAUAUAAAAAUAUAAAUAUAUAUAUUAAAACCCUUGCACCCAAGGAAACAACUCUGGGGACCCGAGCGGCUGCUCCCAGCUCACGUCACGGGCAUUUUAAACAUCUCGUAGCAGCUCAGAUUAAUACCUGAACUAACCGUAACCUGCUAACCCUACUAACCCAUUUCUAACUAGAGCAGGAAUUUUAAAUAGGGCUGUUUUUGCCUGUUGGCAAGAACCAAGCUGGGAGGGGGCCUCCGGGCCUCGGGUGGGAAGAACCCUAACCCUGUCUCUGCCCUGCGCUGGGAGCGCCCCCCCUCGGGACCCCAGUGUUUGGUCCCCGCUCUCCCCCAAUCCGACGGCCUAGAAAGCCCCUCCGCCAUCCGCCCAGGGCCAACGGACAGCCCUCCCUCCCCGGCAGCUGCGUUCCUCAUGCAACAGGGAGCCUGGUUCUGGAUGCAAACGUGGGACCCCCUUAGGACCCCCUUUUCUCUGUGCAGGGACCCCCGCUCCCCAUAAAUAAAUGCCUGGUGGAAGGGGAUCCUAGUACAAAAAGCCACAGUUCCCAAGAGCCCCCAAAAGCGAGAUGCUCCCUUGGUUCAGCCCUUCUGACACUUGUUUUCUCCCUUGUUCUAUGUCUCCGGAAUCGCCGAGGGAGGGGCUCCUCCUGGACAAGAGCCAAGGACGGACAGAUGGAUGGACGGACGGACGUAAGGAGAUCCCAGAGAGCAGGACGCCUUGCCGUUCUGGCUGAUGAGCUCGACCCCUUUCCAACAAUGUCAGCGUUCCAGAAUAAAACUCUUCCCAAAAAAAGGUGUUUUCUGGUUAUUAUUCAAACGUUUAAUUUUUGACAGCCUUAAACAUCUAGAUUACAAUACAGUUUGUGCUGCUGCCUUUUAUAAACCUUGUUUUCUACAAAUAAAGUCAAGAGAAACACUUUAAGUUUUGCACUGUGCUCAGACUCAUUGUUCUGAUAUUCUGUCAUAUGGUUUUAUUAUUUAUAUCGUUUUUAAUGUAUGACUUUAUUACAUGUGACAUGGGAGCGGGGUAUAAAAAUAAAGUAUUAUUAUUAAUAAACACAAUUUUCUUGCACCCCAAGUACAUCUGGCCAUUGCCAGAGUAUUUAACACUGCCUACAUGGCACUAAAGUGUAUUUAUAUGUUGAUUGUUUCUAUUGAUUUUAUGUAAUGUUUGCUUUAUUUGCAUUGAAUUUUUGUCUGGAUGUAUCUUGUAUGCCGCUCAUCUCCAUAAAUGAGCGGGAUAGAAAUGAGGUUAAUAAUUUUACGAAUGUUUUAAUGUAACUUGAAUUUUAAAUUGAGUUGAAAUGUGAUUGUAAUUGUUUAUAAGUGUUAUCUAUUUGUAAGCCACCAUGAGUCUCCUCUUAUUGGGUGAGAAGGUCUGGGAAGAAAUACUGUCAUAAAUAAAUAAAAUAUUCUGUGUCCAGGUUGCUUCAUGGGUUGACUUCUCUGGCAGGAUUAAUCUGCAGAGCCUUUCCUGUGUGAAAGUUUACACAGGGACUACUAACAAGCAUGGAGCAGGGAAGGCACUGCAGACACCUGCGCAUGCGCGGCCUGCUCCCUAGUAGAAACGGCCCCGCCUACUACAGCCAUCCUUUUCCCUUCUGCGGCUGCGCGGCCUGUUCCGUAUUUGAGGGAACUUGGCCCCGCCCACUACAGGCACCCCUUUCCUUUCUGCGGCUGCGCGGCCUGUUCCAUAUUUGGGGGAACUUGGCCCCCACCCACUGCAGGCAUUCCCUUCACUUCUGCGUCUGCGCGGCCUCCGUCACAGGGCGGCAAGAUGGUUGCCCGCCCCGGUAAGUCGUUCGGGGCGGCCGAUUCCACGGCGACCCGGCUCCGUCGAGGCCUCGUCGCCAAGACCCGGGAGGAGGAAGACAGCCGGGAGCGUGGCCUUCCAAACAACGUUCGCAGGCCAAGGCGCGGAAGGAAUCCCAGGCAGGAAAACCCACUUCGGCCUUCGCUCCUGGUGUUUUGGACUCUUCCCCAACCCGUAGGCAGGCUGCUAGGCAUUGUGGGAGUUUGAGUCCCAAACAUACUAUACUCAUGUACUAUAUACACAUAUAAUGAUAAUCCGAUGUAAUACAAUUUAAUAAUUACAUUAAAUUACAUUAAUAGUGCAAUGUCGUAUAGUACAAUAUAAUCUUAUAUUGUGCUGUACUAAUAUAAUGUACAUACAUAAUAUUGAUAAUCUGAUGUAAUACAAUUUAAUAGUAAUAAUACACUAUUAUAAUUGUAUAUAUUACAUGUAAUGUUACUAAUAACAUUGCAAUAUAGUCCUAUAGUACAAUAUAAUAAUAUAUAAUGCUUGUAUUGUACUGUACUAAUAUAAUAUAUUGUAUGUACAGUAGUCUCACUUAUCCAACAUAAACGGGCCGGCAGAACGUUGGAUAAUCGAAUAUGUUGGAAAGAUUAAGGAAAAGCCUAUUAAACAUCAAAAUAGGUUAUGAUUUUACAAAUUCAGCACCAAGACAUGUUAUAGGUAGGAAGGCACCAUCUGAUCCCUCCUGAGAGAUGGCCAUUCAUCCUCACUGUUAUAAUUAGUUCUAUGGAGAAGUAAAGCUUUAGAGGCAUAGAAUCUUACAUUUGGAAGGGAUCCUGGAGGCCAUCUAGUCCAACCCCAGUCUGCCAAGCUGGAAGGACACCAUCAAAGCCCUCCCGACAGGUGAACAUCCAGCCUGUCAUAGAAUUUUAGAGUUUGAAGGGGCCCCGAAGCCCAUCGAGUCCAACCCCAGUCUGCCUGACUGGAAGGAUACUAUUAAAGCCCUCCUCACAGAAGGCCAUCCAAAAAGCACUCUCUCCUUACGUUUCGCCCACAUUACUGACAGGCAUCCUCAGAGGUCGUGAGGUUUGUUGGAAACCAGGCAAGAGGGGUUUAUUAUCUAUCUGUGGGAUGAUGUCCAGGGUGGGAGGAAGAAAGAACUCGUGCAUGUUGGAGGCAAGCGUGAAGCAUUCUCUCCUCAUGUUUCGCCCACAACCAUGGAAGACCGCCUCGGAGGUCCAAUAUUAUUAAGGUAGAGUCUCACUUAUCAAACAUAAACGGGCCGGCAGAACGUUGGAUAAGCGAAUAUGUUGGAUAAUAAGGAGGGAUUGAGGAAAAGCCUAUUAAACAUAAAAUUACAUUAUGAUUUUACAAAUUAAGCACCAAAUCAUCACGUUAUACAACAAAUUUGACAGAAAAAUUACUUCAAUAUGCAGUAAUACUAUGUAGUAAUUGUAUUUAUGAAUUUAGCACCAAAACAUUGAAAACAUUGACUACAGAAGCAUUGACUACUAAAAGGUCGAGUGCGUUGGAUAAUCCAGAAUGUUGGGUAAGCAAAUGUUGGAUAAGUAAGACUACUGUAUUCUGCGCCCAGGCUGGUACAUCCAAUGCUCCGCUAUGUUCCUUUUCUGCAUUACAGGGGUGCUCUUUACUUUUCAUACCUCUAUGUUGCUUUUCUGCAUUGCAGGGGUGCUCUUUACUUUUCAUACCUCUAGGUUGUCUUUCUGCCUUGCAGGGGCGCUCUUUACUUUUCAUACCUCUAUGUUCCAUUUCUGCGUUGCAGGGGCGCUCUUUAUUUUUCAUACUUCUAUGUUCCAUUUCUUCAAAGCAGGGGCGCUCUUUACUUUUCAUAUCUCUAUGUUCCUUUUCUGCAUUGCAGGAGCGCUCUUCACUUUUCAUACCUCUAUGUUGCUUUUCUGCAUUGCAGGGGCGCUCUUUCCUUUUCAUAUCUCUGUUGCUUUUCUGCAUUGCAGAGGCGCUCUUUACUUUUCAUACUUCUAUGUUCCAUUUUUGCAUUGCAGGUGCGCUCUUUGCUUUUCAUACCUCUAUGUUCCAUUUCUGCAUUGCAGGGGCGCUCUUUGCUUUUCAUAUCUCUAUGUUCCUUUUCUGCAUUGCAGGAGCGCUCUUUACUUUUCAUACCUCUAUGUUGCUUUUCUGCAUUGCAGGGGCGCUCUUUACUUUUCAUAUCUCUGUUGCUUUUCUGCAUUGCAGAGGCGCUCUUUACUUUUCAUACCUCUAUGUUGCUUUUCUGCAUUGCAGGGGCGCUCUUUACUUUUCAUAUCUCUGUUGCUUUUCUGCAUUGCAGAGGCGCUCUUUACUUUUCAUACUUCUAUGUUCCAUUUUUGCAUUGCAGGUGCGCUCUUUGCUUUUCAUACCUCUAUGUUCCAUUUCUGCAUUGCAGGGGCGCUCUUUGCUUUUCAUACCUCUAUGUUCCAUUUCUUCAAAGCAGGGGCGCUCUUUACUUUUCAUAUCUCUAUGUUCCUUUUCUGCAUUGCAGGAGCGCUCUUUACUUUUCAUACUUCUAUGUUCCAUUUCUGCAUUGCGGGGGUCUCUUUACUUUUCAUACCUCUAUGUUCCAUUUCUGCAUCGCAGGGGCUCUCUUUCCUUUUCAUACCUCUAGGUUCCAUUUCAUCAAAGCAGGGGCGCUCUUUGCUUUUCAUACCUCUAUGUUCUAUUUUCGCAUUGCGGGAGCGCUCUUUACUUUUCAUACCUCUAUGUUCCAUUUCCGCAUUGCGGGGGCGCUCUUUGCUUUUCAUACCUCUAUGUUCCAUUUCCGCAUUGCGGGGGCGCUCUUUGCUUUUCAUACCUCUAUGUUCUAUUUCCGCAUAGCAGGAGCGCUCUUUACUUUUCAUACCUCUAUGUUCCAUUUCCGCAUUGCGAGGGCGCUCUUUGCUUUUCAUACCUCUAUGUUCCAUUUCCGCAUUGCGGGGGCCCUCUUUGCUUUUCAUACCUCUAUGUUCCAUUUCCGCAUUGCGAGGGCGCUCUUUGCUUUUCAUACCUCUAUGUUCCAUUUCCGCAUUGCGGGGGCCCUCUUUGCUUUUCAUACCUCUAUGUUCCAUUUCCGCAUUGCGAGGGCGCUCUUUGCUUUUCAUACCUCUAUGUUCCAUUUCCGCAUUGCGGGGGCCCUCUUCACUUUUCAUACCUCUAUGUUUACUUUCUGCAUUGCAGGAGCGCUCUUUGCUUUUCAUACCUCUAUGUUCCAUUUCCGCAUUGAGGGGGCGCUCUUUACUUUUCAUACGUCUAUGUUUACUUUCUGCAUUGCAGGAGCGCUCUUUAGUUUUCAUACUUCUAUGUUCACUUUCUGCAUUGCAGGAGCGCUCUUUACUUUUCAUACCUCUAUGUUCUAUUUCCGCAUUGCGGGGGCGCUCUUUGCUUUUCAUACCUCUAUGUUCCAUUUCCGCAUUGAGGGGGCGCUCUUUACUUUUCAUACCUCUAUGUUCCAUUUCCGCAUUGCGGGGGCGCUCUUUGCUUUUCAUACCUCUAUGUUCCAUUUCCGCAUUGAGGGGGCGCUCUUUACUUUUCAUACGUCUAUGUUUACUUUCUGCAUUGCAGGAGCGCUCUUUCCUUUUAUACUUCUAUGUUCCAUUUCCGCAUUGCGGGGUUCUCUUUACUUUUCUUACCUCUAUGUUCACUUUCUGCAUUGCAGGGGCGCUCUUUACUUGCUUGGGAGGUCCCGCCCCUUUCCCCUUCCUUCGCUCCCUCAUUGGUCGAAGCGCGUCCUGGCAGAUAUGUAGUGCGGGGGCGUUUCCCAUCGUAGCCGCAAUAAUACAAAAUAAAUAAUUUUAUAAUAUCAGAGAUAUAUAGUAUUCGAGCUUAUUAAUAAUCGUUACGUAUGAUUAUAUUGUUUGAAUAUUAUGUCCAUGGAUGUGUCAGGGUUGGCGACGGAAGGGACGGGUUGUGUGAUGUACCUGCCGGGACUUGGGGGCGGGGCAAGGGGCGUGGCCUGGCGCGUGAGAGCCGGGGAAGGGAACAGCCAAGAUGGCGGCCGGGCAGUGGCCCAUGUACAUGCUGGACUACGGCGGCCUCAAUGUUCCGCUUCCGGGAGCCAUGAAUUAUUCGGACCUCAGUUUCUGAACCAGAACCUCCGAACAAAACAAAACAAAAGAAAUAAUGAACGGUGUGUAAUUUUCGUUUGUACAAAGUGUAUAUUAUUCCAAUAUGUAUUGAUGCCUUUCAGUGUUUCCAAUGAUUUUUACACUAUAUUCCUGCCGCCAGGGCCUUUUUAAAUAAAAAAAGGAUAAGAAGGGUUGCCUUGCUCUGAAAAAUCAAACCGUUUCCUGUUUUUUUUUUCUCUUUAAACGAACAAAUACCGUUUUGUAAUAAACAAAAAUACAAAACAAGAGCCGGGCGAGCGAGCAAGGCUCAGUUGUAAAUGCUCUUUUUAAAUUGAAUUAUUAUUAAUAAUAAUAAAAGUGCUUUACAGUGA